GAUCAGCAGCUCCCUGAACGUGAAAGCAUUCUGAAUAAGCAAGUGCUGGAGUUAACAUGGCUUCGAAAAGAAAGGCCGAGAGUUUGAGCGAGGAGGCAAUUUGUCCCGUCUGUCUGGAUUUCUUCAUCGAUCCGGUUAUACUGGAGUGUGGACACAACUUCUGUCGCUCUUGUAUCACACGGUGUUGGGAAAGGGAGGAGAGAAACUCCUGCCCGGAAUGUAGAGAGGAGUUUGCUGACCGCACCCUCAGGGUGAAUCGGGCCUUAGCAAAUCUGGCUGAAAAAGCUCGAAAUCUAAACCUGAAUCCGAAAGAGAAGCAAAGUAAACGUCACUGCGAGGAACAUGAGGAAGAACUGAAGCUGUUUUGUGAAACGGACAAGACACUGAUCUGUGUGAUCUGUGCAGCUGCGCAGGAACACAGAGAGCACUGCUUCAGGCCGAUUAAAGGAGCUGUUAAAAUCUGCACGGAUCAGCUAAAAUCUUCCUUAGACUCUCUCACAAAAAAGAAAUCAGACUUCCAGGAAAAGGAGCAGCAACAGAAAGAGAAGAUUUCCGGAGUUUGGGAACAGUCACACAGUGUUCAGUCCCACAUCACAUCCCAGUUUGCUGAACUGCGCCAGAUUAUCACUGAGAAAGAGCAGAGCUUACUCAGGGAUCUCAGGGAAGAAGAGAAGAGGAUUCUCAAUCCAAUGGAGAAAAAUCAUUGGAAGAUUCAAGAGAAUAUAAGGAUUAUUCAGGAAGAAAUCACUAAGUUAAAGGAACAGAUGGAUCAAAAAGAUAGUGUGAUGUUUCUCAAGGAGGAAGCUCGUCGGAACAGCAGGAUUAAUGACGAUGUCCAGGAAUUGUCAGUGACAGAUGAGACCCUACCGGUUGAAAAAUUCGAUCACCUCUAUUUAUUGAACACAGUGCUGAGAGAAUCACUUGAUGCUAUUAAUCGAGUCUCUGUCAAUCUGGAUGUGGAAACGGCGGGUCCGUGUCUCGAGGUGUCUGAGGAUCGGAAGAGUGUGAGACGGACCGAGACCUGGAGGAAUCUCCAUGACUCCGGGAAGAGAUUCACAAUCUGGCCUUGUGUGCUGGGAUCGGAGGGAUUCACAUCGGGGAAACAUUACUGGGAGGUGGAGGUGACGGGGAAUCGGUUCUGGGGUCUGGGAGUCGCCGCAGAGUCUGUGGAGAGGAAGGAAUGGGUCAGACUGAGUCCGGAGACCGGGUUCUGGGUCAUCGGGCGGUAUUGUGACGUGUUACAUCGUGAUUGUGACGUGUCCCGUGAUCUCACCUCCCCCGGGGCCCGUCUCCCUGCCGGUCCCAUCCCCGGGAGGGUGGGAGUUUAUCUUAGUUACGAGUCCGGGACAGUUUCCUUUUACAACGCGGAGACUAUGUCCCAUCUCCACACCUUCACUGGGAAUAAAUUCACGGGGAAACUUUAUCCUCUCUUCCGGACUGUGGAUGUGAAUCAGGGGCUGAGAAUCUGCUCCGGUUCCGCUCCGGGUCUGUAAACGGGUCGUGUCCCGGGACCGGCGUC